AUGGUGAUGCACUUGGCGAUAGCCCUACGGCCUGGGGCUGCCCGCUGCGUCCCAAACGUCCUGCGCGCAUGGCCUAGAAGAGCUCCCUCUUCAAUCCAGUCCCUGUUACCGCCAAGAACUUGGCGGGCACAUCUUUCAACUACUACCCAACGACACGAAGCUCAGCAGAAUCACACCCGCAAAGCAUCCGUCGAGAGAGACGACGCACAGAGAAAGGUAGACGACCGGCCAUGGCAAAGAGCAAGCAACUUGACGCGGGAAGAGGCCGAUACCGUCAAAUCCCAGCCUGGCGAUGACUACCAAGGAUGCGUAUUGACGACGCCGACCCGGCUCCUCAAGCUGAUCAUACCGAUGCCGUUUCACCCAGAACAGAAAACCAUCGAUCCCGAGAACGAGCUGAACAAAGACCAAUCCACGGGCACCGAGAAAGUCGAACCGCUUGCCCUUCUUGUGCACCCGCAGCAGCCUCUCUCCUACGUGGAAAGACUGAUUCAGGCCGAAAUCCCCCCCCUCAUCGCUGACGGGCGAGAGAAGCUGCCUGGGAUCGUAUUUCGAGCCGAGGCGGAACAGGAUAAGGACCACAAAAAGGCACCACGAAAUGGAGACAAUGUGGCUACUUACUCUGGCCUUGGUCACGAAGGUCCCAGAAACAAGGGUCACGUCAACUGGGUGCGGUGGAGUGGAAGCACCGAGGUGGGCGACUUUAUUCGAGACGCCGCCCGAGGCCGCGAGUUCGAGAUCGAGAUUGAAGGGUGUCCCCAGGAGCUCAGGAUCCGCGUGCCCAGCUUCAAUGAUCGGACAUACUAUAUGCGGGUGAAUCUGAGGAGGAUGUCACGCCGGGUCGACCGCAUGGCUAAGAUCAAGAACGAGUGUGAUCAGAUAGCACACAGAGGUGCUCAUCGACUUGCCCAGGGAGGGUUUGCAGCCUUGGUAGGCUGGUGGGGAGUGGUUUACUAUGUUACCUUUCACACUGAGAUGGGCUGGGACCUGGUUGAGCCCGUCACGUACCUGGCGGGCUUGACUACCAUCAUGGGUGGAUAUCUCUGGUUUCUUUUCAUAAGCCGAGACCUUAGCUACAAAGCUGCCAUGAAUAUCACGGUGUCCAGGAGGCAGCAUGCUCUGUAUCAAGAGAAAGGAUUUGAUCAAGGGACCUGGGACCAACUGAUACAGGAGGUCAAUCUGCUUCGCAGGGAAGUCAGGAUCGUUGCGAGCGAGUAUGGAGUGGAGUGGGACGAGACUAAAGACCUGGGUGGCGAGGAGGUGAAGGAGGUCUUGGAGCAAGAGAAAAACAAGAAUAAGCGAAGGGACGACGAGGACGACGAGGACGACGAGGGCGGACAUAACGAGAAAGGUGACAAUACCUCGGAGCAAGAAAGGGCGCCCGAAACGAAGAAGCCCGGGAAUUGA